CGUGCAGUGUCGCCAGCGGCGGAGCGCCUCCGUCACAUUCUGGGAGAGGACGACGGAGGCCCCACGCCCACCAUCUUCACCGAGAUGGACACCCUGCAGCAGGAGGGUGGAGAGCUGGAGUGGAAGGAGUCGGCCAGGUGGGUGAAGUUCGAGGAGAAGGUGGAGGAGGGCGGCGAGCGCUGGAGCAAGCCUCACGUGUCCACGCUGACGCUGCACAGCCUCUUUGAGCUGCGCACGUGCCUGCAGACAGGCAGCAUCCUCCUGGACCUGGAAGCCUUCUCUCUGCCGCAGAUCGUAGACGAGGUGGUAGAGCGUCAGAUCGCUGAUGGCCUGAUCUCGGAGGAUGUGAAGGAAAACAUUGUCUUUGUGCUGCUGCGUAAACAUCGUCACCAGACCAAGAAGCCCAUCCACCGCUCACUGGCCGACAUCGGAAAGUCCACCGCAGCCGCUGAUCGUAGUCCUCGGGCACUUAGUCGUAGCACUAGCUCCGCCUCCGCCGUCCAUCGUUCCACCGACGACCUGCAGACGCGACGCUCCGGAAGCUUGGGACGCCUGCAUCACGCGCACAGUCGCAGCAUGAACGACAUUUCGGAAACACCCAGCUCUGACCAGCUGAAGAACAAAUUCAUGAAGAAGAUUCCACGCGACGCAGAGGCGUCCAAUGUGCUGAUCGGCGAGGUGGACUUCCUGGACAAACCCUUCGUCUCCUUCGUGCGUUUGGCGCAGGCGACCACGUUGGGCGGCCUCACCGAAGUCCCCGUGCCCACCAGAUUCCUUUUCAUCCUGCUGGGUCCUCCCGGCAAGACCAAGUCUUACAACGAGAUCGGCCGCGCCAUAGCCACGCUGAUGGUGGACGACCUCUUCAGUGACGUGGCAUACAAAGCCAGGGAGCGUGAAGACCUGAUCGCCGGCGUGGAUGAGUUCCUGGACGAGGUCAUUGUCCUGCCUCCUGGGGAAUGGGACCCCAAGAUCCGCAUAGAACCCCCCAAGAAAGUCCCGUCGGCAGAGAUGAGGAAGUCGGUGCUCAACCUGGAGGAGCCGGCUCAAGCCAAUGGCUCGGCCGGAGGGGCGGCUGGCAGUGGAGACGAGCCGCUUCCCGUCCAGCACGAGAUCGGCGAGGAGCUCAAGUUCACCGGCAGGCUGGCCGGCGGCUUGUGGUUGGACAUCAAGAGGAAGUUGCCGUGGUAUUGCAGCGACAUUUACGACGGCUUCCACAUCCAGACCGUGUCGGCUGUGCUCUUCAUCUACUUGGGCUGCAUUACCAAUGCCAUCACCUUCGGCGGCCUGCUGGGCGACGCCACUGACAAUUACCAGGGCGUGAUGGAGAGCUUCCUGGGCACGGCGUUGGCGGGAACAGUCUUCUGUUUGUUCGGCGGUCAGCCGCUCAUCAUCCUCAGCUCCACCGGACCCAUCCUCAUCUUCGAGAAACUACUCUACGAGUUCUGCAAAAACAACGGCGUGGACUACAUGGAGCUGCGCCUGUGGAUCGGGAUCCAUUCCUGUCUGCAGUGCCUGAUUUUGGUGCUGUCUGACGCCAGCUACAUCAUCCAGUACAUGACCCGCUUCACCGAGGAAGGCUUCUCCAGUCUCAUCUCCUUCAUCUUCAUCUCAGACGCCAUCAAAAAGAUGGUGGGCGCCUUCAAGUAUUACCCCAUCAACCGUGCCUACAAGCCAGACUACGUCACGACCUACAAGUGCGACUGCAUCCCUCCGGACCAGGCAACCACUCUCCCCCGGAACAUUUCAGCUCCUCUGGCUGACGACAAUGCGUCCCUUCUGUUCAACGUGAGCGACGUGGACUGGGCUCAGCUGAGCAAGAAGGAGUGCCUGAAGUACGGCGGUGCUUUGGUGGGCAAAGCCUGCAAAUACGUGCCCGACUUGGCCCUCAUGUCCUUCAUCCUGUUCUUCGGCACAUACUCCAUGACAGUCACGCUCAAGAAGUUCAAGUUCAGCCGCUACUUUCCCACCAAGUCGCGUCAGUUGAUCAGCGACUUCUCCAUCGUCAUCUCCAUCCUGCUCUUCUGUGGACUGGACUUCCUCCUGGGCCUGGAUACCCCGAAACUGCAUGUUCCCAUGCACCUGAAGCUAAGGAAGCUAAUCAGUGAUUUUGCCAUCUUCAUGUCAAUCAUGUCCUUUGUGGGUCUGGAUAUGUUGAUGGGAUUAGACACGCCCAAAUUGAUCGUUCCCACUGAGUUGAAGCCCACCCGCGCCGACCGCAACUGGCUGGUGAUGCCGUUCGGCAAGAACCCCUGGUGGUGGUACCUGGCUAGCUUCGUGCCGGCCCUGCUAGUCACCAUCUUGAUCUUCAUGGACCAGCAGAUCAGCGCCGUCAUCGUCAACCGCAAGGAGAACAAACUCAAGAAAGGUUGCGGCUACCACCUGGACCUGCUGUGGGUGGGCGUCCUGAUGGCCCUGUGCUCCUUCAUGGGUCUGCCUUGGUACGUGGCCGCCACCGUUAUCUCCAUCGCCCACAUUGACUCACUCAAGAUGGAGAGCGAAUGCAGCGCCCCCGGGGAGCAGCCCCAGUUUUUAGGGGUCCGCGAGCAGAGGCUGACCGGAACGCUGGUCUUUGUCCUCACAGGACUUUCCAUCUUCCUGGCUCCCGUCUUGCAGUACAUCCCCAUGCCGGUGCUGUACGGCGUCUUCCUCUACAUGGGCGUGGCCUCGCUGAGCGGCAUUCAGUUCUGGGAGCGCAUCAAGCUGUACCUGAUGGCGCCUAAGCACCAGCCGGACUUCGCCUUUCUGCGUCAUGUUCCUUUGCGCCGGGUCCACCUCUUCACCCUUGUACAAAUCACCUGCCUGGCUGUCCUCUGGGUUCUAAAGUCCACCUUCCUGGCCAUCAUCUUCCCUGUGAUGAUCCUGGGCCUGAUGGUGGUGAGGAAACUCCUGGAUCUGAUGUUCUCUCAGCACGACCUGGCUUGGCUGGAUGACAUCCUGCCUGACAAAGACAAAAAAAAGAACGAGGACGACAAGAAGAAAAAAAAGAAAAAGAAGGCAGCGGCCGACACGGAGAGCGACGAGGAGAUCCCCACAGAGCCCGACUUCGCCCACGCUAACCGUCCUGCCCCCGCUACGGCCUAUGAGCGAGGUACUGCUCAGGUCGCGUUUAAAAAACUGCUCGGAUUUUUAGCCAUCAGCUACCUUGCUGUCCACAACAAUGUGGACACCAGCACGUCUACUUCGUAUGAAAACAUGACUCGGCCCACGGAGCUUCCGUACGGGAACGUCCGCUUUUUGCGGGAAUUGUCUCUCAGUCGGGCUAUUAUUUUCAAGUUCCCCACUCUCUCCACGCUCAGCAUCACUCUGCACGUGAGAAUGGGCCCGCCCCCGGCCGUCGCAGUCCCCGCCCACGCACAGCGGCGGCCCCUCCCAGAGGUGCGCGUCCAGGCCGACUCGGACGAGGAGGCGGAACGUCGCCGCGCGGCCUCAAAGCUCACAAAGCCUCACCGAUAG